CAUUGAAAGUUGAAACAAACUCAGAAACUCUUCAAAUUCCUUCCGUAGUUCCAUAUUCCAUUCUACUGUUUCUUCACUCCUUCUCUAUUUCUCUUUCCAAGAUCCAUUAAAUUCUUCUUUUAAUUUCCAAAAUUUUCUCUAAUCUCCAUUAAACUCAUUGAAAAUUUUCAUUUUUCCCCAAAAAUUAGCUGUUAAAUUUUCCUUAAAUAUGGCAACGGGAAUUUUUUUCUACAAUUUAAAUAGAGAAGAAUUGGAUUUCUAUAAUGCAAUACUCAUACAAUUUAGUCUCAAUCAAGUGAAAUUAUUAAGAUUUUAUGAAAUUAAGAAUAUGAGUAAGGUUUUGGGGAAUUUUGGCUGAGUUUAAGUUCUGAUUUGACUGAGUUUAAGUUCGAAUUCCUUCCGUCGGUGGUUGUGCGUUGCCGGAUUUCCGCCUGCCGGAGCCCGGAUACCAUCGUCCAUCGUAGUCUUCGGUCUACUGUCUACUGUCGCUUGCGAGUUGCGGCCUACUAUCUGGCACCACCUGCUUGCUGUCCUGCAGCAGCUUUGGCCCUUGUUCGUGCUGCUGCCCCGCUGCCGCCCUGCCGUGCCGCGGCUGUCGCCUUCCGGUGGUUUCAAGGUGUUGUUGUUCCUUUCUCUUGUCUUUAGUAUUCUCAAUUCUGUCAAAUUGAUUGUUAAUUUAUGUGUUUUAUUUAUUUUAUUUGCAAAUUACAAUGUUGCCUAAAAAACAUUUAUCAGGAAGUGAAAAAAGGAAAAAAAGAAAAAUUGCUGAAGAGUUAAUAAAAUCACAACAAGGUGCUAUUGACAGAUUUGUUCUUAGAAAUGUAGUUCAUGAAAAUUUAAAUCAACCAAAUGAAAAUUUACAUGAUGGAGUAAAUAACAAUAAUGAAAAUGUUCCUAAUGAGCCUAUAGAUGUUCAAAAUGAGCCUAUUGAUGUUCUAAAUGAGCCUAAUUUGCCAAAUGUUGAUAUUGACAUUGAUGAAGAACAACCAAUUCCUACUAAUAAUGGUAUUGAUGAAGAACAAGAAAUUCCUUAUGUUGAUAUUUAUGAUCCUUGUAAUUGGAAUAACCUUGAUAAUAAAACAAGAGACAUUAUAGUUGAAAAGGGGCCUAUAAGAGAAUUAAAUCUUAACUUUCCUCUUGAUGAUAAUAAUAGGCAUUUUUCAUAUGCUUAUUUUUCUAAAAAGUUGAACAAUGGUGAGAUUAGUGAUAGAAAAUGGUUGGUUUAUUCUAAACAUGUUGACAAAGUAUUUUGUUUUUGUUGCAAGUUGUUCAAGUCCAUUACUAACAAAUGUUUGUUAGCAAAUGAGGGUUUAUGUGAUUGGAAGCGUAUUAGUGAGAGACUAAAACAACAUGAAAAUAGUACCGAGCAUAUGAAGAAUAUGUUUACUUGGAAUGCAAUGAGAGUAAGGCUAGAUAAGAAUGAAACAAUUGAUAAAAACUUGCAAGAAGCGAUUAUGAAAGAGAAAGAUCGAUGGAGGCAAGUUUUACUUAGAAUAUUUUCGGCCGUGAAAUGUCUUGCUACUCAUAAUUUGGCUUUUAGAGGAUCCAAUGAAAAAUUAUAUCAAGAUAGUAAUGGUAAUUUCUUAGGAUUGAUUGAAAUGAUUGCCGAAUUUGAUGUGAUAAUGAAAGAUCAUAUUAGACGCAUUCAAAAUCGUGAAAUUCAUUAUCAUUAUCUUGGGCAUAAAAUUCAAAAUGAAUUGAUCUUUCUUUUAGCCAAUAGUGUGAAGAGUUCUAUAAUCAAGACUAUUAAAAAGGCAAAAUAUUUUUCCAUAAUUCUUGAUUGUACUCCGGAUAUUGCUCAUCAAGAACAAAUGACUUUGAUAAUACGAUGUGUGAAUAUGACAACAAAAAAGAUACAAAUUGAGGAGUACUUUUUAGAGUUUUUAGAGGUAAAUGAUACAUCGGGAUUGGGACUUUUUAUUGAAUUACAAAAUGUUUUAAAGUCUCUUGAUCUUGAUGUUGAUAAUAUAAGGGGUCAAGGUUAUGAUAAUGGUUCCAAUAUGAAAGGGAAGCACCAAGGUGUACAAAAACGUUUACUUGAAAUAAAUCCGAGAGCAUUAUAUAUGCCUUGUGCUUGUCAUAGUUUGAAUCUUGCUCUUAGAGACAUGGCACAUUCUUGCACUAGAGCUAUUUCAUUUUUUGGAAUUGUUCAACGCAUAUAUAAUCUGUUUUUUGGUUCUACAAAAAGAUGGAAAAUUUUGUUGGAUAAUGUUUCCGAUCUUACAUUGAAAUGUUUAUCUAAUACUCGUUGGGAGAGUCGAAUAAAAAGUGUGAAAGCUAUUAGAUUUCAAGCUCCCCAAUUAAGAUUGGCUUUAUCAAUUUUAUAUGAUUCUUGUGAAUGA